AUGACCACCAACUACAGCCAUUUCCUACGGGAACUAUCCAAAGUCAGCGCAUACGCACCACGGGGAAAAGCACCCAAACUCUACAACUACCACCAAUACAUCCCGCACCCCUUCGCCCAACAACCAUCACCGACCUCAGCAGCAGCAACAGCAACCUCCGUCAAAGCACUCAUGCAGACCCCACUCCGUUUGCGAUCGGAGCGGUAUGCCCGCUCGGGACGGUACGGGCCGGGCGUCGUGCUGAAGGUCGCCGAGACGCACACACCGGAGGGCGAAACCGACGGGGAAGCGGCGGUGGGAGGGGGGGCGAGCACAGCCGAGUCUGAUGCGGUGGGCCCAUCGUCCGCACCACAAUCGACAGAACAGGUCCUGACAGCCAGCAUCCCGAACGUUCCGCGCACCGCCGAAUACCUCACCGAUAUCCCCCUCCCGGCCGUGCUGACCCGUCACAUCCACAUGCCGUCGCCGACGCUGCAGAACGGAAACGCUGUCGGGAAAAUCACCGGGUUCCGUAUCGAAGUGACAGGGCGACGGGGAAACCGAUCUGCGACUCAGCGGUACGGAUAUGGCCGGCUUGGGUCGGGAAGUGUCGCGGACUCGUAUGUCGAUUUUGCAAAGAGUCUGUUGGUGAAUAAGAAGGGUAGUACGGGAGUUAAGGUGUGGAUUGGGUAUGGGCGGUAG